GCCACCCUGAGUGACCAGAGUCAGCGGUGUGAGUGUCCAGUGUGGGUGGCAGGCCAGGGCACCUUCCCUAGCACCUGAGAUCUCCUUCUGGCCACUGCCGUGAACCUGCUGGGGCAGCAUGAAUGGUUUGGCUGCUCCCUGGGGGCCCAGAGUAGCCUGUGACCCCAUUCCUCUGGCCACAUCUACAGAGGACGUGGGCAGCAGAGGCAGGUGGCUCAGCCAACAGGGGGUCUUCAGCCAGCAAGAGGCAGCCCCCACAGGCACGGCCCCACCCGAAAAGUCCUCGGGGUCCCAUGCUCAGCCUUCUGGUCUCCAGGUGGCUUCGGGGGGAUGUGUCCUGCAGCCUGCUCAGACCCUAGGUGAGUGACCCCCUCAUCAUGCCCUGUCCCCACGAGCUGAUCUGCAGGGAGACGCCCCCCUUCCCCAUGGUGGGCUCAUAGUGGGGCCCCCAUUUAGUCCCCCUGCCCCGUGGUGGACUCAGAGUGGGACUCUCAUUUAGUCCCAUCUUCUCAGCUUCAGGAGACCCUUGAAACCAGGAGGACUCUGAAGGCUCUGGGUGUCUUCACCGUGUGCACGCACACUCCCAGGCACACACACACACACACACGCAUGUGCACACACGGGAGAGCAGCCCUGUGUCUUCACCUCCAGGGCACAGCAGUAGCCACCCACAAGUCAUGGGACAUUCAGAAAUUCAGGCUGGAGGAUUCUUAGAGCUCCAGGCAGGGCAGGCUUGCCAACUCUGUGCGGUUCUGUGCUCCCCGCGGGUUGCAGGGCCUGGGCUUGUGAGCAGUGCAGGGGGUCCAGGCCCCGCUGCAGCCCACAGGGGUCCGUGCCCACCCAUGGGUCCAGCAGACAACCGCAAGGAGCACUCUGGCCCCCAGGAGUCGGCGUCUGGGAUGGGGUCACUGUCUUGCCAGGACAUGGCCCAAGGGGUCCCCUCCUGGGACCUGGUGGGUGCACCGGCCUCGUCCACACAGAUGCAGAGCCUCUGAGGUUUGCCUUUGUCUGGACACCACCACAGGGCUCUAGGGCGUAUCUUUGGAUGUGUCUGGAAUGUGGGGCAUCUUGCUGGGCUCUGAUUAAGGUCAGCUGCCCUGGCUUCACUUUGGGGCUGGGAGCAGGUCACAGCCAAGCGUGUCAGGGCCGUUGCACAGGGUUUCUUGCUCUCAGAUCCCAGAACAGAGGCAGUGAGUGUCUUCCUGCCCAGGUCACCAGUAACAGUAGACAGAGAGCAGGGAGCCAGAACCUGCUAUUUAUAAGAUGGCUGGGGUGGACGCCCUUUCCCUGCUCAACUCCGAGGGGUUAUUUUAAAGCUGCCCCAGAAAAGCAAAGGGGGACUUGGGCAGGACUCCUAGACCGGUUCCUGAUCUAUGCCCAGACUCUGGUGUGAGCAGGGCAGUCACUGUGAAACACCAAGGGACCCCAAGUCCAUCAGGAACGGGACUAGUGCUCCAGGAACUCCAGUGCUCCAGGAGCAGAAAGCUGGUCCAGGACCAGGCUUCUGAGAAUAAGCGGUGCCCACGUGUGUGUGGGGCAAGUGUGUGAUGUGCAGGGGGUGGGGACAGUGGGCACCACCUCGGGAGCCCCCGUGCCCAGUGGUCCAGCACGUGGACCCGUAGACCUCGACCUGCCCCACCCUGCCUGCUGUGCAGUGGCCGCCGGUUCUGGACUCUGGGCUCUUGCUGGUGGGGUCGAAGCCCACUGAGGGUUCCGAGAAGCGGUGGGUGGCACGGAGGGACUGAGAGCUUCUCCGUUGGGCCUCCUGCCCCACCCAGCGACCUUGGCUGCGGCCCGAGCGGCGCUGGUGACAGCCAUCUGCCUCCUGGCUUUCCCCCUCUGGCGAGUAGAGCGGCUCACCCCGGGUGCCUCUGAGGUGGUCAUCCUCGGGGACAGGGGCGGUUUCAUGGCACACCGCGAUAGGAAUGCUUUACUAGGAAUCAAUCCGCUUUGUUGGAUAAAAAUGCCCUACAUUGGGCCAUACGUAAUUUCAUUUGUGAAAAGCUGACACUGUCCUUUUGCAGCUUCUAGAAUAAGGAAACGCCCCCCACCCCCAUGAGGCGUCUAGAAUAAGGACAGCCCCAAGGAAGGGAUCCAGACCAAGGAUCCUCCCCGGCCAGCAGGUGACAGGGAGUCUAGAACAAGACCUCCAGGUGACAGACAGCCGGAUCCGAGUCCACGCAGCGCUCUGGGCCGCUCCGCCGCAGCGGUACUUCCUGCCCCCUGUCCCAGGCCGGUCUGGGGCCCUGGGGUUAGAGGGCAACGUGAGUAGAGCCAGAGAGCGGGGAGGGGGCCUCUUCUCCAAAGCCCCCCGGAGGGCUUCUGGCUGGCGGUCCCUCUUGCUGGCCUCACAGGGCCUGUGUCCUGAUGGGUGUCAUGGCCUGGGGCCGCAGCCAGAACCUGUCUGCUGGGGGCCCGUUCAUCCUGCUGGGCUUCCCGGGGCCCCGGGGCCUGCACGUGGGGCUCUUCCUGCUCACGUCCGUGCUCACGGUGGCCGGGAACCUGGCCAUUCUCUCGCUGGUCGGGGUACACUGGCGCCUGCAGACGCCCAUGUGCUUUUUCCUCUGCAACCUCUCCUUCCUGGAGAUCUGGCUCGCCACGGCCUGCAUGCCCAAGACGCUGGCCGUCUUUACCUCACGCAGCAGAGCCAUCUCCUUCUCAGGCUGCGCUGUGCAGAUGCACUUCGUCUUCUCUCUGGGCUGCACCGAGGACUUCCUGCUGGCCACCAUGGCCUACGACCGCUACCUGGCCAUCUGCCUGCCGCUGCGCUACGGCAGCUUCAUGACGCCCGGGCUCUCUGGCCGCCUGGCCCUGGGCUCCUGGCUCUGCGGCUUCUCGGCCAUCAUCGUGCCCACGGCCCUCUUCGGCUGCCUCUUCUGUGGCUCACGGGUCGUCAACCACUUCUGGGACAUCCCGCCCUGGAUCGUGCUGCCUUGUCUAGACGUCACCACGCUGGGCGUCAUCACGCUGGUCUAUGACGUCACCACCCUGCGCGUCAUCACGCUGGUCUCCUACGCCCACAUCGUGGUCGCCGUCAUCAGGACGCCCUCGCUGCAGGGCCGGCGCCCAGCCUUCUCCACCUGCUCCUCCCACCUCGCGGUGGUCCUCAUCUGGUAUGGCCCAACUGUCUUCCUGCACGUGAGGACCUUGGUGGAGAGCUCGCUGGACCUGACCAAGGCUGUCACCGUGCUCAGCACCAUCGUCACCCCAGUGCUGAACCCCUUCAUCUACACCUUGAGGAGCGAGGAUGUCAAGGAUGCUCUGCGGAAGGCGGUGCGGCGGACAUGAGGCCCUGGGGCCUCUCUGCCCUGGAAAUGGCACCCCGAUCUCACCGUGUGUAGGGCCCUUGGGCAGGCCAGGGAGGCAGCGCCCACCCCGGCCUCAGGAGCUCCUCUGGGGCUUGAGCCCCUGCUUGGUCUGGGCCUUGGGGCUGACGGCCCUUGUCAGGAAGGAGCGGGCCGUCUCGCACUUUGGAUUUCUCCCUGCUGCCAAUGCCUGCACCCGGUGAGCUGUCCCUCAGUGGAGGCUGGGGAGGUUGUCCAGGAAGGGGAGAACCCAGAGAAACAGGGUGCAAGUCUCUGCGGAAGCCUGGCAGCCUGUGGGGGCUGUUUGGGUCAGUGUGUGGGUGUGCCUCACUUUGGGGAGCCUCAGAGCGCACCACCAGGUCUCACACCCUCCUGGGGGCCAGGUGGUGGAACCUGCGGGCCUCAGACGGAGGGGGCUUGGUGAGGCCUCUGAGUGGAUAAGCCGCACAAGAUUCUCGGGGGCCCAGAGGCUCAGUGAGGGGCCUGGUCUGGCUUGGCAGCUCAUAAGGAUGUAUCCUGGGAGCAUGCGUGGAUUAAAGCUGACUCUGAAGCUGGCAGUCUGGAUGCAGCUGUCUGUCAGCGUGACUUAUGCAGGUCGUGUGUCCACUCUGAACCUCUGUGUCUUCAUCGCUAUGUGGGGAUUGUGAGAGUGUGAUCCCACGGAGCCCUUUGAGUACAAAAGGAGUUGGUGUGUCUCCAGUGCUGAAAAUAGGGCCUGACAGGGACGCUGUUGUUUCUUUUCAUUCAGGCAGCGUGAUGGACUGGGCUCCCCAGGAGGGUCUAGCGGUAAAGGACCUGGAUGGCAAUGCGGGAGACGUAAGAGAUGCGGGUUAGA